AUGCCAGACCCCAAAAGCUUCCUGAUCUCCUAUACCAUUGGGACUAUUACAUUUGAGAAGGCACUGUGUGAUCUUGGUUCAAGCAUAAAUUUUAUGCCGCUCUAUGUAAUGAAGAAAUUGGGGAGCCAAGAAGCGCAGCCUACAAGAAUAGCACUGGAGAUGGCUGACAAGUUUCGAAAGCAAGCAUAUGGGCUAGUGGAGAACGUACUGGUCAAGGUUGGAGAGCUAUUCCUCCUGGCAGAUUUUGUGAUACUUGACAUAGGAGCGGAUACAGAUGACUUCAUAAUUAUAAGAAGGCCAUUCCUAGCCACUAGAAGAACCCUAACUGAUGUUAAGAGGGUGAAUUGGUGCUAA